AUGUUCACCGAAGAACUGGAAGAAUACGAGAGUAAAGGUGCAACUAGAAAAUCAUUGCUCUCACUCGACGCUUACAUCGAUGGUAAUGGUAUCCUACGCGUUGGUGGUCGACUGCAAAACACGUUACUCCCGUACAACCAGCAGCAUCCGAUCAUCUUGAAACCUAACUACUAUUUUUCGGAGCUUGUGAUGCGAGAUGCUCACAACAAAACUCUACCCGGAGGAAACCAACAGUCUACCCAAUUAUGGCAACUCAUCGGAAGCCUUCCAGAACCACAGGUAAGAAUCUCCAGACCAUUCACACACACCGGAAUAGAUUAUGCUGGACCUAUAGAAAUAAAAGCAUUGAAAGCUAUUCAUCUGGAAACAGUUUCAGAUAUGACAGCACAAUCUUUUUUGGAAGCUUUCCGUGGCUUCACAGCCCGUCGAGGUCUUUGUGCUCAAAUAUAUAGCGACUGUGUCACAAAUUUUGUUGGAGCAAAUUAG